AUGGCAAGUACUGGCAACGAAGUUUCUGCAUCGAAUUUAGUUCAAGAGGUUGAAUUUGAAGAAAAAACUCAAGAAACUGAUAUUCUUAUGGAACCACCCCUUAUGGAAUAUUAUUCCCCAGCACAGAAAAUCCUAUCCAAGUGCAUGAGCAAUCUCAAUCAAGAUAUCAAAAGCAAAAUACACCAGCAGUUAUCAACUUACAAUCAACUCCAACUAGGUCGAUGGAUCAUAUUAAAUCUUAUAUAUGUUGGUCUGUUUUCAAUAUUUUUUGCUGCUGUUUAUGUUUUGGAUGUAUAG